UUUUUACUUUCCUCCCUUCCAAUUCCAGCCUCCCCAGAUUGCCCAGGACUAAAGUGGCACAAAAAAAAGGAGGCUUUUUUUUUUAAUUAGAUCAAUUCAGAGAGGAAAGAUUUGGGGAGGGAUAGAUUUUUUUAAUGAGAAAACCAGGAAGAGUCAACUAGAUUUUACCCAAGAUCUUUCUGCUCAGAAAUUCUGCAUUUCUAAAGUCACAAAGUGACAACAGGCUCUAUACCACUACAACUCCAGUGAAAAUUCAGAUUGCAUUUUACUUUGACAUCUCUGAGGAACAAAGGAAUAGUAGGAAUUCCCACCUCACUAAACUGGACUUCAUUUCUGACUCCAGAAAUUGGUCUUCCUGUGAAGAUGUUAUCAACCCUGAAAUUUACACUUCUUGGUGUCUCAGAUCCCUCCAGUCCCUUCCUCCUUAUUGGAGAAAUUGAAAGUUCCUCCCAAACACUAAGAAAGGGGCCAUUAAUAAAAACAAAAAAGGCAUCCAGGGCAGCCAUCUCCUCUGGGUACUCUCCCACUCCUCUUCCCCCUUUUCAGCUUUUUAAAAAUAAAACCUUAACUUCUAUUUUAGCCUAAGAAGAUCAGUAAGAACUAGACCAUCCGAGUUAUGUGACUCGCUCAGGGUCACAAAGCCAGGAAGUGUUUCAGGUCACAUUUGAACUCAGGUCCUCCAAUGUCUGGCUCUCUUAUCUAUUUGCUACCUACAUAGCUUCUCCAGUUCUUUGUUUUUAAUGUCAUCCCAGUAGAUUUUAGGCUAGUGCCUUCACAACUUUCUUGUUACUCCCAGGACAAUGCCUAGCACUUAGUAGGCAAUUAAUGUAUACAAGCCAGAUUCACUGAUAUGCAGAUGUUAGAGAACGUCCAAAAAGUCAAACAAGAAAAAACCCCUCAAAACUCAAAUUUUAUUGCCCAAUGGUUGAUGGUUAAGUAACUACGGCUGGCUGAGUUUUCUACACAAAAUUUUAAUUAUUAAAAAAUAAAUGUGUUUUGGCGAAGACUUUGGUAGAGCCGGGAGGUUAUGGUUUCUCUCUACCAUUUUCCUACCAACCCACGUAUUUUUAAAAUUAAAAAUAAUAAAUGGUGGCCAGAGACACCGGUAAGAGCUGGGAGCUGAAGAUUUCUCUACUGCUCGAGCUCCUAUUAGCCAGCUCUCUCUACGCCCCCUAGUGUUUUGUACGGCUGUCACUCAUCCCCAUGGCAACCGCCAAGCGCCCGCUACCCCUUCCCCCUCCCUCAGUGGUUACCAACCGGCGGUCUCUCUGGAUAACAUCAGCCAGCCACUCCUCUCCAGUCGGACAGGGUCCAGCGAGCUGGGGCCCGGGCCUACGGGCAAGAGGAGUUUCCUCUCCCUCCAACUAAGAAGAACAUGGCCUCGGAGAACCCCUCUUCGCUGCUUCAGGACCUGGACCUGAGUGCGGAGGAGGUGACGAAGCUCACUAAUGCCUUCCAGGAUCCGGAGUUCCGGAGACUCUUCGGCGAGUAUGCGGCGGAGUUAUCAGACCCAGAGAACCGGCAGCGCUACGAGGAAGAGAUCACGGCGCUGGAGCGGGAGCGCGGCAUAGAGGUGCAGUUUGUUCACCCGGAGCCGGGCCAUGUGCUGCGCACUAGCCUCAACGGGGCCCAGCGCUGCUUCGUCAACAUCUGCAGCAACCUACUGCUAGGCCGGCCCAGCAGCAAGCCAGGCACUGGGGGCCCGCAGGGUUCCUCGCCUGGGCAGAUUUGGUCCCUGCCAUACAGCCUGGCCCCGGGCCGCGAAUAUCUGGGUCGCCAAGGCGCCCACUACAAAGUCUACGACGUCAUCUUCCACCCGGACACCCUGUCCCUUGGCAAACAGCAGGAGCGGUUCCGGAUCAUGAUCAAUUCUACGGCCCUGGAGGCGGUGGAGAAGCAGUUCGGCGUGAAGUUGGAUCGGCGCAAUGCCAAGACCUUGAAGAUCAAGUAUAAAGGCACCCCAGAGGCAGCGGUACUGCGGAAGCCACUUCCCCGGGGCGCCCAGCCAGCGACCGAAGGGGAGGAGUCAGGGGACAGUCCACUGCCCGCCUUCCCCUAUCCCUACCCUUAUCCAGAGGUGGAGAAGAGGCCUCCCGCCCCGCAGCCUCUGGGUUCCACGCCUCCUCUCCGGGAAGAAUCUUCAGACCCGGCCCCCACCACGCCGCGUCACAGCGUAGUGCAACGGCACCACGUGGACCUCCAGGACUAUCGAUGCUCCCGGGACUCCUGCCCGAGCACGGUACCCCAAGAGCUAGUGGUCACUAUUGAACUGCCUCUGCUGCGCUCCACCGAACAUGCUGUCUUGGAGGUGACCGAGAAGCAGCUGUCUCUUGAUUCCCGCAAACCUGACUACAGCCUCCGCCUCCCGCUCCCUUACCCGGUAGACGAGAGCCGAGGGAACGCUCAGUUCAACAAGGCCAAACGGCGGCUGAUUGUUACUUUGCCGGUGGUGCCACCAAAGCACAGCAUAGGUCACCUGGACCUGCAGCAGGAGGGGGAGGCAGACAAAGAGGAGAAAAAGGGGGCGGAAGAAAAGGAGGAGGAAAAAAAGGAGGCCAAUAAAGAAGAGGUGAAAAUGGGGGAGGAGGAGAAAAAAGAGGCGGAGGAAAAGGAGGAGGUCUCUGUCUCGGAAAACGGACUUCCCAAACCGGAAGGGGAGGAGGAGUUGGUGGAGCCUUUAGCAUUAAAAGGCAUCCCCGAAACUGAAGCUUCCCCGAGUGUUUACGCUUCUGAAAAGUUAGGAAGUCAAUCUAAUGAGCUCUUAAGGGAUGCGAGGAUAUUUAAAGAUUUGAGCCAAGAGAUCCCAUCAGAUACCCCCAUUUCUUUCCAGUCUCGGCUUGAGAAUUCCUGUGCUUUGGCUAGUGAAGAAAUAAGAGGUUCUCAAAAGGGUGCCAUGCAGAACCUAACUACUGAGAUGGUAGCCACUCCACCAGAUAUUUUGGGGCAGUCACUUAUUAAAGCAAAUCUACCUCUCUGUCCUGUUGGACAGGAACUUCCUUCCAGGACCAUGGCCUUACCUGGGGGUGGAAUUGAAGUACCACCCUCUAGGCCAUUAAACUUAACAGGGAAUGCUGGUACAACAGGUACUUCAGGGCAGCCACUUACUAGUAAAGCAAGUCUACCAAAUGGCAGUGGAGGAGAAGAACAAAGUAAUAAGGUGCCACCCUCUGGGACACUGAGCUUUCCGGGGAAUACAGGCUCACCAGAAGAACCCAAAGAGAAAACAACGAUUGGAAAACAAAGUCUUCCAGAGAAUGCUAGUGAAGUUCAACCUAGAGAAACAGUGAUCGGUUCAGAGAGUAAUGGAGGGAACCCCUUGUGCCCUCCUUUGCAAUGUAAUGAAAAUGAAGAAUCUCUCACUCUGAUAAUCCAAGUGCCUCAAAUCCAGCCACAAAGCCUUCAGAGCAAUUUGAAUCCCCAUCAAUACCAACUUUGUUUUUCCACACAAGAUUUUGUUUCUUAUUCAUUCAUUUUGCAGUUUGCUCCUGAAAAUAAGUUGAACAUCAAAGAACCGAAAAUUAAUGUUUCUUCAUUCAAUGCAGUAAUAGAAUUGACCAAAUCUCCAGAGAGCCUUGGGCACUGGAAAAAGUGGUAUUUCGGUUUGAGCAAGGACUGUUUGCAGGAAAGGUUUUUUGUCAGUGAGGAAAAUGUUGAUGAAUUUCUUCAAGGUGUCUUGAAUUUCAAAAAGUCAACUCCUAAAACCCAACCAUUAAUUGAAGUACUUGAAGUUAGUGAUAAGAAGACCCAGAUUCAGUUAAAGUCACAAGAAGAUGGUCAAAAUCAGCUUAAUGAAAAGGAACAAAGAAUUAAUAUAAGAAGGCAUCUGACUGAAAAAGAAAAUAUGCUUCAAACAAAUACAAAAAAUAGUAAUAAUACAGUGGAUGUUGAAAAAGGACAUACAAAAGAAAACACCGAACCUUCUGAUUCUUAUACAGCAGAUAAAGCACUAGAAAAGAGCAGUUGUGGGUCAGGCCCCUGCUUGCCACAUGAACUUCCUGGUACUUCUACAGAGGUUACUAGAAAAUGUCAACAAUCUGACUCAGUAUCCAAACCCGUUUUCACAGAAGAAAAAAUUGCUGUUUAUUCAAAUAAUGAGAAACAAAAUGUAAGACCAUCAUUGAUGGAAAAGAAAGAACUGGAUGAAGAUCACAUACUUCAAAGUAUCAAAGAGACCAAUAUGAAGGAUGGAAGUGUACAGAUUAUUAAAGAACAUACGACUAAUUGUGCAUUUACUUUUCAAAAUUCUUUGUUAUAUGAUUUGGAUUAAUUUGGGGAUUUUAACUUACCAGAUUCAAGGUACUAUAAAAUCCUUAGAUCUGAAGUAGUUAACUUAGGAAAGCAUCAAAUUCAGAGUCUGGCUGAAAUAAAUACUUUUCAGAGAUGAUUAAAAAAAAUUUUAUAUAGCCAAGCAGUUCAAACUUAUAGCUACCUUAUGUCUUUUAAAUUUUUCAGGUAAUAUUUAAAAAUCUGAUAAAUAUUAAGGAAAUGGCUUUACCAAUUCCCCUUAAGUUUUUUUUUAAUGUUAUAUACUUUAAAAUUUAAAAACAAAGUUUAACAGCACUGUAUUAUUUUUUCCUUUUAUUGAACCUUUCAUUGACCAUUAUUUUCUCUCAAAAUAUUCAUAAAAUUGGAAUGUUAGUUUAUUUGUGAAAGAGUUCUCAAGAGAGUAGGUAGCAAAUACAUAGGACAGAAAACCAGCUUUUAUCUAAUUAUCUUAGACUUGCAUUGUAUUAAAGAAAUUCCUGUCCUAGUCUUAGAAAAGAACCCUUUUGACAAUCACUAAAACACUAAACAAUUAAGAUACAGUAUUUCUAGAGCAAAAUAGUAUUUAGUAUUUUACUUCACCUCUGAAAAUAUUUCUUUGCCUUACCAUAUACAUAAUUAGAUGUCAGAGAUACUGUUUUCCUAAUUAUUUCAAGAAUUCACCAGUUUAAGAUUUAUUACUGAGGUAUUAAAACGUGACUUUUGGUUUCCUAUAAUAGUAACUAUUUUGACAGGAAAAAUCUUUAAAAUCAGAUAGGAAAAUUUUCUUUAAUAUCCUAUCCCAGAGAACAAAUUUACAUAGCUUUAGAGAUUGUACAAAAUUCAGUUUGCAUUUUCCUAAUAAAGUAAAUUUUUCAUGCCUCCUAGAAUAAGAAAAACAAGGGUAGAAAUGGAAAGAUAAAAGCAUCUAAUCACUUGCAAUAUGGUCUUGUGGGUCAAAAGGGGAAGUAAAACUUUGGAUGAACAAUAAUUUACAUGAGUCUCAGAGGAAGCAAGGGCCCUGCCUUAAUAAUAAUUAAUAGAACAGCGUAAAAGAGAAGCUAGAAAGUAUUUGCUAGCCAACCCCAAAUCCAGAAAUCGGUCUACUUUUUGGACUGCACAUAGUGGCCGACUCCUGGAAUAGUUGAAAAGUAUUAGCCUAUCCAUAAAAUUGAUCUGAACUAUUCAAAGCUUUUUAGAGUUAAGAAUUCUAGGCAGGACUUGCAGGAGAUGGCAAACCAAAGCUGGUGGGAUCUCUAGGGGGUAAUGAGGUAUGGGAUGAUGGAAAAAAUACCUCAUGAAGUUUCUCCUCAGCCGGAUGGAAUUUUAAGACUUUAAAAUGCAUGUAAUUUAUUUUGUUUGGAAGGAUUUGCUAGUAUUAUCUCUUUGUAACGAAUGUUAUUUUUCAAAAUCAAUUGUAAUUGUAUAAAAUUGAAACUUUUUACAAACUACUUAAUAUAAAAUAUUGAUUUUAAGUA